GUGCCCCUUCACUCAUCUAACCUACGUGCUUUCGAGUAUUCCCCUUUCGAUGGAACCCAUACUGCCUCUGUUGCCUGCCCUCCUGGACGCAUAAACGCGUACUCGGAUUCGAUGGAGCGCGAAGCCCUGGCUUACCUCGUUCUAAGGAACAUAGUUUCUGAUUUAAUUAUCAAGUCAUCCCUUGUUGCAGGCACAAAUGGAGUGUCAGCAACUUCUAGGACUCACGCUACGACGCCGUCACAAUCCACUACCUUAAAUGUUCUUUCAGAAAAUACAGCUGCCUCCUCCACUCCUCUUGUUCCUACCGAGACUAAAGCCCAGCUAUUAUCUUCACUCUGUCAAUCAUCAUCUGAGAAUGCUGAAUCGCAAAUAGCUGUUACCAAGCGCAUUCGUCUAGACUCGCUGAUACAUCAAAAUCACUGUCUGACUGUCUCAGAUCUAGCUGUAUAUUGCCCUUCAAUUCCGGUCCUCGUUAACGCAAUAUUCGAGGAUUUAGAUCCAAUGAUGCUAAUGUCUAGGCAUCUUACUCUCCGUAGGCUUCAGAUCCAUCACCUUAUUAUUCUCUUUCUUAUCCCCACUCGCAUUGCAUCUCAUUCUUUAGGGUCCUGUGUCUGGCUUAACUAG